AUCACACGAGAACUGACAUGGCGGAUAAAGUAAUAUUUUCACUUGUGGUUUAGAUAAGAUUUUAACAAAUUACGAAAAUGGAGCUUAGUAGUACACAGACACACCUUUUGAUCAACACAGGAAUGUCAGUUUUGGGCUUCCUGUUUUUGUUGAACAUAAUCCCAAAGUUUAGAGACAUGUUUGUGGCUGCUAACCUCUACGGAAUCGACAUGAGCAAACCGGGGCGUGUGAAAAUCCCAGAAGCCCAAGGUGUGGUGUGUGGAGCCGUGUUCCUCAUCAUCAUGUUUCUCUUCAUCCCGUUCCCAUUCUACAAACAUCUGGCUGUCAACCAUUCUACUAAGUUCCCCCACAAUGAGUACAUCGAAUACAUCGCGGCACUGCUGUCCAUAUGUUGUAUGAUAUUCCUGGGAUUCGCUGACGACGUGUUGAACCUGAAGUGGCGUCACAAGCUAUGGCUACCGACCAUGGCGUCCCUUCCUCUUCUCAUGGUGUACUUCGUCAACUUUGAUUCGACCAUCAUCAUCGUACCCCUACCUCUGCGAUCCUAUUUGGGUCACGACGUCAACCUAGGGGUGUUAUACUAUGUGUAUAUGGGCAUGCUGGCUGUGUUCUGUACCAACGCCAUAAACAUCCUAGCUGGAAUCAAUGGCCUGGAAUGUGGGCAAGCUGUGAUCAUUGCGCUUUCCGUCCUCCUCUACAACUUUCUUGAGAUGUCGGGUCCCUACCACCAGGCCCAUGUGUUCAGUGCCUACUUUAUCAUACCUUUCCUCGCGGUCAGUCUUGCCCUCCUCUACUACAACUGGUACCCCUCCCAGGUUUUUGUCGGAGACACCUUCUGCUAUUUCUCCGGAAUGACUUUUGCUGUGGUAGCUAUCUUAGGACACUUUAGUAAAACCAUGCUUCUCUUCUUUAUACCUCAAGUGAUAAACUUUGUGUACUCCGUACCUCAGCUCUUCAGAAUGGUACCCUGCCCUCGUCAUCGACUGCCAAGUUACGACCCAAAGACCGAUAAGCUGAAGAUGAGUAUGGCUGUUAUGAAGUCCUCCAAUCUAAAUCCCCUGGGGCAGGGCAUUAUUUGGGUGAUGCGGACCCUGGGGGUGCUCCAUGUGGAGGAGGAGAAGGAGGAGAAGAUGACCUGUAAUAAUAUGACGCUCAUUAACCUCAUCCUAAAAUUCACGGGUCCACUUCACGAACGAACGCUGUGUGUGAUACUCAUGAUAAUUCAGGUGCUGUGCAGCUGUGUAGCAUUUUUUAUACGAUAUCAAUUGGCCAAAGUGUUCUAUGGAGACUGAGUGUGAUGUGUAACAAACUGUUCCGUUAGACUCAAAGUUAGACUGUGGGAGUGGCCGGGGAUACCCGAGUGACCGUUCGAGGGACUGACCAGAAGGCUUAAGUCACUGACCAGUUAAACAUACCAUUGGGAUGAUCUUGAUGGAAUGAAUGCAUGUUGCCAAUAUCAAACGUGUAACCUGCCAGGGCCUAAAUUGAGAUAUUAAAUCUUUGCAAUUUGGCAAUAUUCAAAUUUCUUUUAGUAGCAAUUUCUGCUUCAAAUUUUUCUGUGCACAUUUAAUAUAUGAAAUAUGAAAUAUUAAAUUUUCCAUACUGAAUACUGGGAAAUUUUUCAUUGCAGUAUAAUUUUCAGGGUUUUUUCGCCCUCCAUAAUGAGGGCAAAUUUAUCAUAACAGGGAACAUUUGAAAUCAACAUAAUAUACAUAGCAAAUAAAAAGUGAAGAGGUAAUUUCAUAUUGAGCGAAAAUGAAUUUUACUGUCAAAGGGCGAAAUUUUUCCAGUAUACAGUAUGCAACCAGCACAACAAGAUAACUAAAAGAGUUAAUUUUACAAAUAUAAUGAAUAUUUUUCUGAAAUCUCAAAAUUACAAAAGUUGAAUAUUUUACCUGCUUUUCCAAUUACUCAACCUAACAAUUUUGUGUCUGUUUUAUUCAAAGACUAUGUAUCAAUAAUUGCUGGGCUGUGUCUGUGAGAAAAAUACUAAAAGUGUGUUAGCGCUAUAUGUAGUGAGGGAUUGUAUGUGUGUCUAUGAUAUUAACCAUUUAAUUUGGUUUCUUAAUAACAAACUAUUCAGCCAAGCGCUAUAGGUAGUGAGGGAUUGUAUGUGUGUCUAUGAUAUUAACAAUCUAAUUUGGUUUCUUAGUAACAAAAUAUUCAGCCACAUUUAUUACAUGAUUUUAUAACAGUAAAAAUAACCUUUUUGAUGAAUGUGUUAGCUAAUUAAUUUGUCUGUCUGUCGGUAAGAGAGUGUUUGAGGUAUUCUUUUUAGUUAAACUUCACAUUUAACACGGUCUAGGGACGCCCAAAUUUCACUCGUUAUAAAUGGUUCUCGCUGUAAACUGUUAAACCCAAUCAAUCUGGAGAGUCAACUCCCAUCCACUGUCAUUGAAUUGUACCUACUUCAUGUAAAUAGAAAAUUUGUCUGCUAGAUAACCGAACUACUUGGUAUUCAAUCGAACGUAAAACCAAUCAAACAAUGAAAGUGUAAAAAAAUAAACCAAAAAAACCCACACAAAAGCCAAAUUCACCCCACAGAUUUUCACAAGAAUCAGUCUCCUUGUUUUUAAUCGCUCAACAAAAUCCUUUUAUAGCCCAACAUCAGAUAGUGAAAGUUUGUUAUUGGUGUUUCUAGGGAAGUACGGGAGGGAUCUUUCUCAAAUUUUAAAUGUAGGUUC